GAGUACCAAACGUACGGACGGAUACUCCGAAUACUUCUGUGUCCAUAUCUACUCACACAGGGGGAGUGUUGAAAGUUGAAAACCCUAGUUCUGACUGGCAUAGAGAUAGAGUGAAUUCAUUCACUCUGGUUCUCUUCCUCUCUCUUCCGACCAUGGCGGAACAAACUAGUCGCCAGUCGCUUAGCAUCGCCGCUUGUGUUUCUGAACUUGCUCCGACGGAGCAACCACCUCAGUCCUCAACCAAUGUCCCUGAACACUUUCUAUGGAAAAACCGUUUGCAAGAGUAUGCUCAAAGAUCCGGCUUACCCAUCCCAAUAUAUCAAACAAUUAAUGAAGGUGCUCAACGUCCACCUAUGUUUAGGUCUACUGUCUUUGUGGAUGGAACAUACAUUACAUCUCCAAACACUUUUUCCAAUCGCAAAGCCGCAGAGCAAGAUGUUGCCAGCGUCGCAUUGGCUAGUUUAACUCAAAAGAUAAAAGAAGAAGGAUAUCCUAUUAUUCGUGAGAGUCUUUUUCCUUUUCCGAUCAUCCAGGAUACAGUCUUUUGCAAGUCUAUCCUCAAUGAAUAUGCAACGAAGAUGAAUCUAGAGAAGCCUACUUAUACCACGAGGUCCACGAUUCAGCCAAAGGGGUUGCUUCCAGUUUUUAUAUCUUCUUUGGUAUUCAAUGGUGUUAAUUAUACGGGUGAAGUAGGAAGAAGCAAGAAAGAAGCUGAGCAAUUGGCAGCACGUGCUGUUAUCCUAUCAAUUUUUGGUAAUUCUGAGUCAGGAACCGCUAUCUUGGAGAUCAUAAAGUCCAAAUUCAGGCUUUAUGCUGCAUUGGAUAAACUUAAGGCCUCACAGUCUUCCCAGGACAGUAUACCUUUGGCACUAAACACGGGGAAUUUUGUCUUCCCUUUUCGCAAUGAGAAAGAGGUUGAAAGUACUGGGAAUGGCAAUGCACCGUUGGUGGUAAAUACAGGAAUUCCUUUUGGCAAUGGGAAGGAGGUUGGAAUUACUUGGGGUCCAAAUAAUGGUACGAGCAUUUCGAGCACUUUAAUUUCAGAGGCUUGUGGUAGCCAACUCAGAAAUAUCCCAGCACUGCAAAAGCCUUUCCAGGACAGUAAUACACCUUUGGCACCAAACACGGGGAUUGAUUUUGUCUUCCCUUUUCGCAAUGAGAAAGAGGUUGAAAGUAUUGGGAAUGGCAAUGCACCGUUGGUGGUAAAGACAGGAGUUCCUUUUGGCAAUGGUAAGGAGGUUGGAAUUACUCAGGGAACCAAUAAUGGUACGAGCACUGUAAUUUCAGAGGCUUAUGCUAGCCAACUCACUAAUAUCCCAGCAAUGCAAAAGCCUUUCCAGGACAGUAGUACACCUUUGGCACCAAGCACGGGGACUGACUUUGUCUUCCCUUUUCGCAAUGAGAAAGAGGUUGAAAGCACUGGGAAUGGCAAUGCACUGUUGAUGGGAAACACAGGAAUUCCUUUCGGCAAUGGGAAGGAGGUUGGAAUUACUCAGGGUGUCAAUAAUGUUACGAGCAAUGUGAUUUCAGAGGCUUUUGCUAAACUCAGCAAUAUCCUAGCAAUGCAAAAGCCUCUCCAUCAAUGCAAGAAACCUAAAUGGGAACCAUCACCGGUGGCAUUUACUCCUACUGCAUUUGUGCCUCCAGCCAUGGAACAGCCUCUAGGUGUUGGUCCAAGUUCUGCAAAAAAGCGAAACCGUAAGAACAGGAAGAAAAGGAAGAAGCUCCAGGUUGCCUGUUCAUGUGUUGCCCAACAAGUAGCUCAAAAUCCUGUUUCGGGUUGAAUGCUGUGCUGCCUUGAAUCAAGCUCAUCCUCGUUCAUUAGUCCAAUAAGUAACAAAUGCCACCUUUGUUCUUAUUGGUUUGGUGUAUCUCAAACGUAACUGUUUAUCUGAGUGGUAUGUAUGAUAAGUAGAACAUCGUCUGUACAAAGAAGAUCGAGUGGGGUAAGUUUUGAACCCCCGACCUUACCGGUACCGUCGUGGUGGUGUAAUAUAUUGUUGCCUGUUUAUCUGAGUGGUAUGUAUGAUAAGUAGAACAUCGUCUGUACAAAGAAGAUCGAGUGGGGUAAGUUUUGAAUCCCCGACCUUACCGGUACCGUCGUGGUGGUGUAAUAUAUUGUUGCAGUUUGUUGGUUUUGUUGGCUCAUGUUAA